UCAAAAGUGACCUUAGAACUCUGCUUAAGAACCAAAGUAGGUUUUAUGUACAUGUAAGGAUGUUUGCCUAAUUUACUUACAAUGAAUACUCUUAGCUCAGAAAAUGAAAGCUCUAUAAACCAAGAAAUAAAGAUCAGCCACCAUCAUACAGCCUCUAAAUCAACAGUGCAUCUGCUGCCCUGCAAAGUCGAGUGUGAGGGCGUGGAGGGAUGCUCAUCUGCAAAGAUCGAUACUUACUUUGCCCCUGUCAUUAGAGCUACUAACGAGACGAUUCAUUUAUCAACUGCCAAAGACUGUGCCGACAAACCGAUCCAAGUUUGUACGGCUACUUUCAGAGGCCGAAGAUUAAAGGGUGUGAAUAUUGCUAUACCUGAAGGUCUUACUGGUGUUGUGUUGAGAGAGCCUGAUCAGUCCCAUGGAGAUGAGGAGAGAGAGUUUGUAGGUCGUGGUGAGUUCUCAGAAUUCACUUAUUGGAAUCUUCAGUCUACCCCCACCACUGACGACAAACUCAUUCAGGCUAUGGCGUGGAACAACCUCGCUCAAACGCUCCACAAGCCACUGCCCUUCAAGAAAGACAACUCUAUAAUUACAGACUAAGUUAGAGUUUAUUACGUAAUAAUUAUUUGACGAUGAGCAUAAUAAUUAUGUCCCAGACACGAUCAGCAUUUUAAUGAGUCAAUGUUAUACUGUACAAUGAAGACUUCAGUCACUUUA